AUGGAUACCAUUGUUCCUCUGAAAGAUCUUCGUACGGCACUGGAGAGACCUCCGUCUCUCCCCGGACUGUUUGUAGCGAAGUAUUACAGCUUGAAACGUGUUCUGUCUUCCGUGCUGGUGUACUUACGCUUGUUGCGUUUGCAAAAGACUGCUGAGCAUCCCUUUCUGCCAGCGGCGCUUCAACAGCGCAGGCGCCGCGUGGUUGUCUGUGGUGGUGGUUUCGCUUCUGUCGCGUUCGUUUCUAAUUUAGAUUUCACUCAAUAUGAGGUGGUGUGGGUGUCCUCAAGCCCCCUUUUUUCCUUUACUCCUCUUCUGCCCUCCUGCAUAGGGGGUGUCCUGCACCCUUCUACGUGCUCUGUCCCACUGCGCACUCUGCUGGUUGCGGGAGGAGAUCCGAAUGCCCGUGGUGUGUAUAGACAGGGAACGCUGGUAUCUGUUGACUACGAAAAGAAGACUGCGCGAUGCUUGGCGCAUUCGCCUUCAGAAGGUAGUUGGGAGGAGCCCUUUGAUUUCCUAGUGAUCGGUAUAGGGGGGGAGGUAAAGACGUUUGGAAUACCGGGGGUGGAGCAGCAUGCACUGUUUUUGAGGAAUGUCGAUGACGCUCAGCGCAUAAGGGAAAGAUUGCAGCAGGUGAUGGAACGAGCUGCAGCACCCACAGCGACAGAUGAAAUAAGGAGACAGCUGCUACAGUUCGUAAUCGUUGGCGGGGGCCCCGCAGGAGUAGAGGCAGCGGCAGAACUAGGGGACUUUCUAGAGGGAGAGGCAGCUAGAUGGUAUCCGGAACUGCGGCGCUUCUUCUCUAUACUGGUGGUUGAUUCGGGAGAUCGGCUCCUCAAGAGCUACAAACCACAGAUCAGCAACGGAGCGCUGCUGGCACUGCAGAAAAACAAAGUGGAAGUGCUCUUUAACUCCUUGGUGGUCUCCGUAGCGGCCAAUAGUGUCGUCAUUCGGAGUCUGGAAACGGCAGCAAAAGACAAGGUCACCUCAGGAUCUGGAGAGACAAGCGUCCCCUGUGGACUUGUCCUCUGGGCCGCAGGUGUGCAACCUUCAAAGAUAGCUGGAGCUCUCACUGAGGCACUAUCACAGCAAUACUUGCUCCCAGAGCAGCAGGAGCGGCAGUCGCAAGUUCAGCUCGAUACUCAGAAGCGCCUGCUUGUCGAUCCUUCAUUUAGAGUCCUGGGGACGGAUGGCGUCUUUGCUUUCGGGGACUGCUGUACUGUUUCUCCCCCUCCUCUUUCUCUUUAUGCAAGGCAACUCUUUCUUAUGGCCAGCGAAGGGAACAAAGAAGGACUUGCAGAAAUGUUCGAGUGGGUUUUAGGAGGAUUUAGAGAUUAUCAACAACAUCGUAUGGCUCUUUUGUUUCCUCAAAUCCUGGACGGCGCUGCAGAGAUUUCCGCCGUCGAAAAGUGCAGCGGAUUGACUGAGGAGGAGUUCUCGGAUCUUUUAACGAAAAUAGAUAGGAGCUACCUCCCCCCUGUACCAACGGCUCAGAACGCAAAGCGUCAGGGGGAGUUCUUAGCCCUUAUCUUCAAUUCCAUGCUCUCGAGGGCAGAAGCAAGCGAUGAGGUGCCUGGAAGCUCAAGCGUGCUCUCUCUUCUCCCUGCUUUUAUAGAACAGAGGGGUGUGGCCCUGUGCUUCGUUGGUGCUGGUCAGGCAGCGGUGCAGCUGCCUUUUCUUACAUUCGUAGGUGGGGGUUUAACGGUUCCUUUCUGGCGCUUUGUGUAUUUCUCUCUGCAAAUUAACGGCAAAGCCGCGUGGCAGUGCUUGGAGGGAUGGGUAAGGUCCGCCAUUUUUGGCCGGGCAUUGCCUGCUACGGUGUAG